CAGCGUGGACUUGGAGACUUCUUGGAAGGUUUACGCACGACGGCGCAAUAAACUCGAGAGCCUCGUUUAGAAGGACGGGACACUUUUAAGCCGAACUGGAAUGCCAUUCAACUUAUGAUUUUGGACAUCAACUUUUCCCAGUAGCAACACGACUUUUAUUUCAUCAUCUUCUCUCGGAUCUCGUUCUGUCAUCAGAGGGACUUGAUGACUUCUCCUUUUAUCCUCUGAUCACUGCUAGAGGAGUGGGAACGAUGUAAGCAGAGUUGGCAGGGAACAAACUCUAAAGAGCAACAGUCAUUUUUUUAAAAAAUAGAUCGCAGAUAAACAGGAUGAUCCCGCCAGCCAACGCGAUUCAGGAGGACAGUGGGGGCAAAGAGGACGAACGGGACCAGGAUGAGACACCCAAAUCCCCGACGACGAGCGCUAGCCAUCAGGAAACCAAGAAUAAUGUGAGGCCUGAACACCACAAGCGCAAGCUGCAAAGACUCAAGCGCUCCUUGUCCUUCAAGACUAAAAGCAUCCGCAGCAAGAGCGCCGACAACUUCUUCCGAACCAGCAACGAGAACAAGACUGAGCUGCUCUCUGAUGUGAGCAGCAGUACAGGCCAUCUCUGCAACAUCGGGAUGGCUCCACCACACACCACCAGCCUCCCCAUUCCUCCGGUCCCACCGGCCAUUCCCUGCGCUCCUCCUCCCACAUCACGCUCCCAGUCACGCAACCCACUGCAAGUAGAUUCAGCAGGACACUGCUUCAUGGAGCACAUCUUUAAGAAGCCCACGUUCUGCGACGUCUGCAACCACAUGAUUGUAGGCACAACAGCCAAGCACGUGGUGUUCCUGGCGGGAAACACAGCCAAGCACGGCCUCCGCUGCAAAGCCUGCAAGAUGAGCCUUCAUCACAAAUGUGAAAACGGAGUUGGGCAGCAGCGCUGCAUGGGGAAGCUGCCAAAAGGCUUUCGGCGAUACUACAGCUCUCCAUUACUGAUCCAGGAACAGUACGGCUGCAUCAAAGAAGUACUGCCCAUCGCCUGUGGCAAUAAAGUGGACCCUGUAUAUGAAGCCCUGAGGUUUGGGACGUCACUAGCACAGAAGGCCAAGAGGGCCAGUGGCUCUGAGUCUCCACACAGAAACUCAACCAGUGACUUGGAUAAUGUUCCAGAGGAAGUUGUGGCCCACAGCAGUAGGCAAGAGCUGUCAAGAAAACACAGCGAUGAUGUUUUUACAGUCAUUGAAAAUGGAACUGAGCAUUUCUACCUGCCUGAGAGAAAAACUGAGGAUUUACUGAUGGAGCAGAGCCAGCUUCAGAAAGACAUGCUCAAACUCAACACCUAUGUGGCCUUGUACAGUUUCACCGCCCAAGAGAGCCAUGACCUGGAGAUAAGAGCAGGAGACAGGAUCUUGUUGGCUGAUGACUCUAACGAUGACUGGUGGAAGGGGGUAAUUGAUGACAGGAUUGGUUUCUUCCCAGCAACCUUUGCUCAUCAGCUGCGGCCCGGAGAUCAAGUCUUCAGAUGUCACAGGACGUUCAUUGGCUGCAAGGAGCAAGGCCAGAUCACCCUGAAAGAAGGACAGAUCUGUGUUAGCAGUGAGAGUGAGCGCGGUGGCUUCAUCAAAGUAGCAAGUGGAAAGAAGAGAGGCUUUGUGCCCUGUGAUGUCCUGGAAAUUAUCUGAGAUGACGGUCGGAAAUGAAGACGGAAAAUGAGGGAGGCGAGCUCAGCCACAAGGAGGUGAGAGGAGAAGGAACUGGAUGCAAGUAAAGGAGUUCAUGUCGUCAGAGACUGGAGUUUGAACUUAAACAAGCGGCAAAGGUUUUGUCACCAAAGACGCCGCUUUGUUACAAGUCAGUCUCCCUCCCUUUUGGUAGCUUACAGACAAAAACAUUGAGACAACAAACUGCUGAUUGUUUGCAAGGAGACAGGGGAUCACUGUGUCACUGAUUUUAUUUAAUUUAUGAAGCUUGUUUAUGUUCUUUGUUUCCCCUUGUCCUCAUAGCCUAAUUUGUCUACAAACUGUUUCCUUUUAGAAAGGGCUGCCAACUGGCUUUAAAUGUUAAAAAAAAAAAAAGGAACAAACAUUCAUUCAAACAAAUAUUUGUCAAGCUUUUAGUUUUAAAAUUCUUCCAACAGAUAGUUGGUUUCUUAUGUUUGUACAUGUAUGUUCCAUGAAAAUGUUGAACUAAUGUACACUAGUCAACAACCGCUGCUGUAGUUUCUGUCAUUCUGGAUGGUAAAAUCUGCUAACAUCAGAGGGUUAUGAAAGCUGUAUUAAUAAAUAAGUCAAAGAAUAAUGUAAAAACUUCUCAUUUACUCCAAAAUUCUGUCAAAGGAAGAUAUUUGAGGUUCCAUGAAAGAAAAAUAAACGGUUUCUAUGUGUUUCUCAUAAAACAGGUGAAACACAGUUCAGGUGCAAAAGGGAGAUGCAGCAGUUUUUUGUUGUAACAAAAGAGACUUUCCAAAUCCUCUGUGGUCCCAUAAAAACAUUUUCAUCACACUUCACUGAUUCACUGACUUAAUCAAGAUACAGCAGGUUGUUAUCAUCAAUAAAAUCAUACCUACAAUAUUAAUAUAUAUUUGUCUCAUUAUUUACCCAGUGUAACAUUUUGUAUUGCCUCCAAGCUGCUAAAUUUACCUCUCAAGUCUUGUCUUGAACAUAUUUUCUCAUUGAUUUCUUCUGUUUUGUUUGUCUUUCUUUAGAUAUUUAAGCUGCAGCCACAAUCUAAUCAGAGCUGAAUUUGGUUUUGAUUGAUUCAAUAGUUGCUGUUUGUUCGGCCGGCUGGGUUUGGCCUGUCAACUUCUAAGAAACAUGAUGCAUUUCCAGUUACUUUGAAAUUUGAAUGUCAUCAGUUUUUCUUCUGCGGUUUUUUUUCUUUCUCAGCUCAGCACUUCUUCAGAUUCUAGUGAAGUUCAUUUAAGUGUUGCAGUGUAGUAUUCUUAGAAUAUCUGUUAAAGGUUGCUCUACACUGAAAAUUGACUUUAUUAACUGCUCAGAUAUGCUUUAUUGAACAUAAUGUAUGAACAAGAUUUAAAUGUUGU